AUGGGUUCCAUUGCAGGGGAGGAGGCAAUGCAAAGCCCAACAGGCAGUCAUGAGAGGAUUCUUGUUUCUGUUCGUGUGCGACCUUUGAAUGAAAAGGAGCUCGCAAGAAAUGAUCUUUCUGAAUGGGAAUGCAUUAAUGACACUACCAUUAUGUACAGGAGCAACCUUUCAGCUUCCGAAAAGUCCCUGUAUCCAACAGCCUAUACAUUUGAUCGGGUAUUUAGGAACGAUUGCCCCACUAGGCAAGUGUAUGAAGAAGCAGCUAAGGAAGUUGCUCUUUCAGUUCUCUGUGGCAUCAACUCAAGCGUUUUUGCAUAUGGACAAACAAGCAGCGGAAAAACAUUCACCAUGAGCGGCAUAACAGAGUACACCGUAGCAGAUAUUUUCAACUACAUAGAUAAGCACAAGGAAAGGGAAUUUGUUUUGAAGUUUUCAGCCAUUGAGAUCUAUAAUGAAUCUGUAAGGGACCUCCUUAGCACGGACAGUACACCUCUCAGACUUCUUGAUGAUCCAGAGAAAGGGACAGUUGUUGAGAGACUCACGGAGGAAACUUUGCGGGACUGGAACCAUUUUCAAGAACUUAUUUCUUUCUGUGAAAAUCAAAGGCAGAUAGGAGAGACCGCCCUGAAUGAAGCAAGCUCCAGAUCUCAUCAGAUUCUCAGACUGACAAUUGAAAGUUCAGCACGUGAAUUUCUGGGAAAAGAUUCCCUUGCGGCUUCUGUGAAUUUUGUUGAUCUUGCUGGGAGUGAGCGAGCAUCCCAAACUAAUUCAGCUGGUGCAAGGUUGAAAGAGGGUUGCCACAUAAAUCGAAGUUUACUAACACUAGGAACUGUCAUCCGCAAAUUAAGCAAGGGGAGAAAUGGACAUAUUCCUUUCAGAGAUUCAAAGCUAACCCGCAUUCUACAAUCCUCAUUAGGAGGCAAUGCUAGAACUGCAAUCAUCUGCACCAUGAGUCCUGCAAGGAGCCAUGUUGAACAAACCAGAAACACCCUUUUGUUCGCAACUUGUGCUAAAGAAGUGACAACUAAUGCAAAAGUCAACGUAGUAAUGUCGGAUAAGUUGUUGGUCAAGCAAUUGCAAAAAGAGUUGGCUAGACUGGAAAAUGAGUUGAGAAAUUCAGGGUCAAAUCGCCAAAAAUCUGAUUCUGAGGCAUUGCUAAGGGAAAAAGACCUCCAAAUUAAGAUGUUAAAGAAAGAGGUAAUGGAUCUGACGUUGCAGCGGGACCUUGCUCAAUCUCAAAUUAAGGACAUGCUUCAAGUGGUUGGAGAUGAUACGUCCUCAACUGAAGUGGAAUGUUUGGAUCAUCAAUAUCCCAAAUUACGUGUGCGAAGUUCAUGGGACUUCGAAAGUCGGAUACCCGAACAUCCAAGUUUUGAUGGCAUGGAGAGUGUCAGAUCUUUUGAUGCAUCUCAAUAUUCAGAUGGACAUAGUUUUAGUUCUGAUGAGAACUAUUUCCAACUCCCUGAUUUGGAAAAGAAUCUUCCCGUCAGGAUUUCUUCCCCAGGGCUUUCUAUUGUAAGUCUUGAUGCUGGUAGGAAUGAUUUGGAUAAAAAAAGUGAUGAAGAAGAUCAUGAUGAUGAUUUAGGAGAUCUUUGUAGGGAAGUUAGGUGCAUUGAAUCAGAAGACCAAAUUACAAACACACAGACACACUCAAAUCCAGCAGAUUUAAGUCCAAAUUUAUACAUGGACAACAAUGCAUCAUCUCCGGGGACAAAUACAGCCGUCACAGGAGUGACAGAAGUUGAUGAUAGAGACAAAGAAAAUGUAGAUUUGUGUUCAUCUGGGUUAAAGGAAAACAAAGAAACAAAUCGCCUCCAACAAGAUUCCGUUCUUCCCUCUCCAGCGAAAGCAUCUCCAUGGCUCGCAGACAGCAGCGCAUCUAGUUCUAUGACCUUGAAAUUAACCAGAAGCAGAAGUUGUAAAGCAAGUCUCAUGAGAGGUUCAUCUUCAGAUUGGUUUGACCAGGAAGAAAUGAUUCAGAACACCCCGCCAAUAGGAAUCGAAAAAGACUUCACUGGAAGACCUGAGAGCUUCCAAAGGAAGAGUUAUACUUUAAAUUAUAAUGCCAAUGCUGAGAGGAUAUCAUGGGCUGGUUUUGUGAAUUCUCUGGGACGUGCUGCUGUUGAUGUACAGAAUCUCAAAUCCUCUACCGAUAAUGAAAGUAACAGCGAGAGCUCAAAUCUACAGACAAAACGUGAGGUUUCAGAGAAAGGAUUGGAGUCCGUUAAUACUGCAAAGAAGUUCAAAGAUGUUGGCUUGGACCCAUUGCAAUCUGUUGAAGAAAAACAGUUGGAAUGGUCUUCAGAAUUUAAGCGGCUGCAAAGAGAGAUUAUUGAACUCUGGAAUGCUUGUAAUGUUUCAUUGGUUCACAGGACUUACUUUUUCCUUCUAUUCAAAGGGGACCCGUCAGAUUCUAUCUAUAUGGAGGUUGAGCUGAGAAGGCUAUCCUUUCUCAAGCAAACCUUUGCCCAGGGAAAUCAGACUGUGGAAGACGGACGAGCCCUUACCCCUGAAUCAAGCACGAAGUAUCUUCGAAGAGAGAGACAGAUGUUGAGCAAGCAAAUGCAGAGGAAGCUAUCAAAAUCUGAAAGAGAGAACCUGUAUUCGAAGUGGGGUAUUAGUGGGAAUUCAAGGCAUAGGAGGUUGCAAUUGGCUCACCGCCUGUGGUCAGAAACAGAAGACACAGAAAGCAUUAGAGAGAGUGCCACCAUUGUUGCAAAGCUGGUUGGUUCAGUACAGCCAGAUCAGGCUUUUAAGGAGAUGUUUGGGCUCAACUUUGCCCCACGGCGCACAAGAAAGAAAUCUUUUGGUUGGACAGCCAGUAUGAGGCAUAUUUUAUGAGGUUGAUUGCCGAAGCGGAUUACAUCAUAGGAAAUUUGCUGUGGCCAUGUAAAAAUUCCCCCUGGCUCCAUUUAACAUACGAAUUUUUUUCCCCCCUUUUAUAAACAAUCUAAUCUCAGAUUUUAUGUU